AACCCUGUUAAAAAGGGACAAUAAAUAGUUUAAAUAUGUUCAUGUUUGAUAAAAUGUGAUUAAAAGUAUUAAGAAUAAUAUUUCAUGAAGGUUGAUAAAGUUUGUUUAAAAAUAGUUUAAUAAAUAAGUUUAAAAAGUUUAAAAAGAUUCAAAUAUGCACUUUAAGAUAUUUCAUGUUAUUUUGAAAAGUCUCAGGGUUAAAGAGGAAGUACCGAUUGAGAAAAGUGUAAUUCUGGUAAUUAAUUGGUUAAGAUCUGGCUAAACAGGAAGUGUGUGUAUUUUGUUGUGUGAGCGAAAAAAAACUUGACAUGCAAGAGAGAGCGCGCGAUACGGAGCAGAGAAGGGAGAACUGCCUGGCGUUUAAUAUGUUACAGUAAAAAAAUAUGCAGAGUACGGACACUGUUUAUGAAUAAUAGGUAGAGAUAAACGGACAGUGAGUCUCAAAGGACUGUUAUUCAGUGCAGCACCGUGUUCGAGUUUAAAGGAGUACUUUGGCAAAGAGUGUUCAACGAGGAGCACCGCUAACAGCUAAUGUAGCUCACAUUAGCUUAGCUACGGACUUCAUCUGCGUGCAGCUAAACCAGCUACUCAACUGGUGAAGUUAGCCUGCGGUGUGCUGGACCUGUUCAAGGUGAUCUGCGGUGAGUUCUACCGGGAGAGUGGGAGAAGUCAUCUGCAGCCGACGUGGCCGCAACACGCUGGUCCUGACAGGAGGAAUCGUCUACCUCAUCCCAUGUAUCAGCAACCCGCUGGUAUCGCACAGGGGACGAGGAGUACGCCAUUACGGCAGUGAGUUGCCAUCUGUUUUAUUUCAGCGCUUUAGCGUGAAGCAGCCAUUUUGUUUCUGGCUACAACGCACACAAGCAUCGCUUCAGGCCUGCAUCAUUAACACUGGGUACCCAUAUCCUUUUCAGUUAGUUAUAACUGCCGGCUUUAGGUGUGUUUCAUUAUUUGGUGGUUUUAUAAUGAGUGCACUCAAAAGGGGUAUUUGAAUAUUAAGAAAUUGAUCAUUUAAAAGGUACUGAAAAGUCUUUUGAACUUGAGUGUUAUUUUUGUGUUUUAUUUUCAUUAUUAAAAGAAUAUUUGUGUUUACAUUUACAACAGUAAAUCUUUAAAACUUACUCUUUUCUUGUCAUUUGUAUAAGUGUCUUACAUUAUAGAAUAAAUAGAACUUAGUUCACCAAUAUUAUAUUACAGUGUACUUGUCAUUCAGUAUUAGUUAAUCUUAAAGAAAGAGAUUUCUAAAACAUAAAGAACUUGGGAAGCGUACCUCAUAAAAAUAGACCAGCCGUCUAGAGGGCGCUACAUAAAAUGGAGGCACCGCUGGGAUUGUGGGUUAAUUAAUGCUGAAAUUGGUGAUUUGUGACUGUAAAUUUCCUAGUGUGUGAACUAUUCAACUGUGAAAAAAAAAAACUAAGAAAGACAAACAAAACAAUAUAUGGUGAUAUUUAACUAACAGCAGCUAAAGUGUCACAAUGUACAGGAACCAGCUGAAGAACUGGUGUCGAGGUGAAAACCUGGAUGAGAGCCAUGCCUUGCUGACCAUCGUUCCUGAGAAGACAGAAACAGCACACAUAGUAGAGACUUUGCAAACUGUAAAGUGCUUGGGACGGGUACAAGUGAGAGGAAGAAUGUUAAACGAAACUACAAAUGAAGUGCUGGUGCUUUGCGAGUGCAAAGAGAAAUUGACUGAUGCAGACGUCCCAAGUGAAGUUUUGAGCUCAGAUGGACAAACUGCAUGGAAAAUAUUCACUGUGGCUCAGAGCUCAGACCCUGAGUUGGACUUUAACCGUAAACUGCAUGCUCUUCUACAAGCAGAAGGAAAGUCCACAGAGGAUGUUCAGGCCUUGCUGACCCCGCACAUACCUCCCUCUACAGAAGCCAUCCUUCGUGCUGUGGGCGAUCUGUUUGAUAAGACUGUCAAGCCCUCAGCAGAAAGUGGAGGAUACCGCCGCCUGCGGAUCUUUUCCGGUAUUGUGCCUACACCAGCAGGAGAGGAACAAUUCGACCACUGGUUAGAGCAAGCUUACCUGAUGGUUGAAGAGAGUGAGGGUUCUGCUAAAGACAAGAGGAGAAAGAUAAUGGAGAGUUUAAAGGGGCCAGCUCUGGAAGUGAUAAAAGCAGUGCGUCUCUCCAAUCCUGACAUUGCCCCUGACAAGUGCCUGGAGGCUCUGGAAAACGCCUUUGGAUUAGCAGAGUCUGGAGACGAUUUGUAUUUCACAUUCAGAAUGCAGCAGCAGCAACCUGGUGAGAAGCUAUCUGAUUUCCUCAGGAGAUUAGAACGUUGCCUGUCCAAAGUGGUACAAAGAGGUGGUCUCACUCCCCUAGCCAUGGAUGGUGCACGGCUUGAGCAGCUUCUGAGGGGUGCAGUUAAUGCUGAUCUGAUGUUAAUCCAACUGCGACUGAGGGAGAGAAGAGCUAAUCCCCCAACUUUCCUUGAGCUCCUGAAAGAAAUUCGUUCAGAAGAAGAAUAUGAAUCUUCUCGAGCAAAGCUGAACCAUUCAGUGUAUACAGUUCACACCAAGCUUCAAGAAGAAAACAAACACUCAGAGAUACAGAGUUUGAGAGCUGAAAUUAAAGAAGUGAAAUCAAUGUUUGCUGCGCUCUCUACACGGGACAAAGAGACACAAAAUGAGAACUUUCAAACUAAAGUGAGAAAUGUCCCAGAGACUAAUGCUGAUCCAGAAGUGAUAGCUCUGAGGAAACAACUGAAACAGUUACAACAAAAGGUGAACUCCAGAUUACCUCAAUCGUCUACACCUUCUCCCACAGUGAUGACUGUAAACACUCAAAACAGACAAGGGGCUGAGACAGAAGAGCGUUUCUGCUAUCGCUGUGGCGAAAAUGGACACAUGGCAGGGAAGUGCAAAAACCCUGAGAACCAAAGCAAAGUGAUCCAAAGACUCAUUCAAGCUCUCAAAAAGGCUAAGACCCAUAGCACUCAACCUACUACUGAUGUCCCCUCACCCAAAACUGACUGCACUGUGAGGAGGAGUGUAGUAGAUCAGCUUGCCCCAACAGGCAUACCAGAGGGUCUAAUAGGGCCACCAUCUUUGGAGCCUCUGAAAGUUAAUGGACAUUUGUGUGAUGCAUUACUCGACAGUGGCUCAAGAGUUAGCAUCAUCUUUGAAUCCUGGUACAGGAGACAUCUUGCUGAUACUCCUAUUCGCCCAGUAAGUGACCUUAACAUUUGGGGUUUAAGUGACUCUGAUUACCCUUAUCUUGGCUACGUGGCAGUGGACCUAGAGUUUCCCAAAAAGGUAGCGGGUACCCCAACAGCCCUGUCAGCCCUGGCUCUCAUUUGCCCUGAUCCACCUGGUCCUGAUCAGACACCUGUGAUCCUCGGGACAAAUACCAAGGCUAACCUAUCCAAGCGGCUAGCCCAGCUGCGUGACGAUAGAGUUGAAGGCACUGUAGCCCACGCCUUUGGCAUACAGAACACUUUCCCAGAAACAGUGAAAGAAAAAGCCAUUGACUUGUCAAAUGAAGAGGAUGACGAAAUAGGUUGUGUAAAGUUGGAGGGUCGACGCUCACUUGUCCUACCUGCAGGUGGCAGCAUUAAAGUAGUCUGCAAAGUGGUGCUUGGAAAGUCCCUGCCAGAUGACAUCUUGAUAGUAGAGGCCUCCAGUACAGCUACUCUCCCAUCAGGCGUCAUGCUCCAACCUAUGGCAAUACCCAGUAAUGCUGUGGACAUUAACCGGCUGACAGUUGUGGUUCAUAAUGAGUCGCAGAAAGAAGUGACCAUUCCUGCCGGUGCUGUCCUGGGUCACCUGUGUGUAGCUGAUGUGGUUACCACAGUGCCAAAACAAAAGCCAGAGACUGAGGAUGCUUUUGAUGUCAGAAUGAUCGACUUUGGUGAGUCACCUGUCCCCGAAACAUGGAAAGCAAGGCUCAGACAAAAACUGUCUGAAAGAGCAGAUGUAUUCUCUCUUCAUGAACUCGAUGUGGGACUCGCCAAAGAAGUGGAGCACACGAUCCGCUUAUCUGAUUCACGACCCUUUCGUGAACGCUCCAGACGCAUCGCCCCUGCGGAUAUUGACGACGUGAGGCGUCAUAUUCAAAAGCUACUAGCUGCAGGCAUCAUUAAAGAGUCCAGAAGUCCAUAUGCAUCGCCCAUAGUGGUUGUGAGGAAAAAGAAUGGGGAUGUAAGGAUGUGCAUUGACUACCGCACACUAAACAGCCGCACUGUACCAGAUCAAUACACUACCCCACGCAUCGAUGAGGCUCUUGACUGCCUGUCGGGUAGUAAAUGGUUCUCAGUGAUCGACUUAAGAAGUGGUUACUAUCAAAUAGCCAUGAAAGAAGAGGACAAAGAAAAGACUACCUUUAUCUGCCCUCUCGGGUUCUACCAAUUUGAGAGGAUGCCUCAAGGCAUAACUGGAGCUCCUGCAACCUUCCAGCGCCUCAUGGAGAAAGCAGUUGGAGACAUGAACAUGCUCCAAGUAAUAGUCUAUCUGGAUGAUCUGAUCAUAUUCGGAAAGACCCUGGCAGAACAUGAAGAGAGACUCUUAAAGGUGCUGGACAGACUCAGAGAAGUAGGGCUCAAGAUUUCACUUGACAAAUGUCAGUUUUGCCAAACAAAGGUCAAGUAUGUGGGUCAUAUUGUGACUGCUGAGGGUGUUGCUGCUGACCCUGCAAAAAUCGAAGCUGUGACCACUUGGCCCCAACCUUACAAUCUCAAGACCCUACGAUCCUUUUUGGGUUUUUGUGGUUAUUAUAGACGAUUUAUCCACAACUACUCCUCCAUCGUCCGCCCUUUGACUGACCUCACUAAAGGUUAUGGCCCCCCUCAGCGUAGCAAAAAGCCAGUAAAAGGGAAGAGAGAUGUUUAUUUGGAUGAGAAGGAGCUGUUUGGAGACAGGUGGGACGAGUCAUGCACUGAAGCCUUUGAAAAAAUCAAACAGUGUUUGACAAACGCCCCUGUGCUCGCCUUUGCAGAUCCUGAUAAGCCCUACACACUGCAUGUCGAUGCUAGCCUUACGGGACUGGGAGCUGUGCUUUAUCAGGCAUACCCAAAAGGCUUGCGACCAGUGGCGUUCGCAAGCAGAAAACUGAGCUCGUCAGAAAAAAACUACGCCAUCCAUCAGUUAGAGUUUCUGUCGCUGAAAUGGGCAGUUGUGGAGAAAUUUCACGACUAUCUCUACGGAGCCCACUUUACUGUGCGUACAGACAACAACCCUCUAACUUACGUCCUGACAUCAGCAAAGCUCAACGCCACAGGACAUCGGUGGCUGUCGGACUUGUCAGUGUACGAUUUUAAUAUUAUCUACAGACCAGGUAGAAAUAACAUUGAUGCUGAUCUGUUGUCACGCAUAGAGGCAAGAGAUGAGGAGACGGAAUGGCAGAGCAUCUCGCAGGCUGGAGUCAAGUCAAUAUGCCAGCGAGUCGGUGUUCUUGGCCCAUCGGCAGACUCCCCCAAGUAUGCUGAGCAGCUUGGAGCUCCACCUGACUGCAUUCCUGACGUGUAUGCUUUCCCCACACGUCUUCAGCUUAACUCACUGGAACAAAUGUCCAGGCAGGACUUAAUGGCAGCCCAAGCCCAAGACGGCUUGAUAGCACCCACCAUACAAGCUUUAAAGUGUGGCAAGUGGAAAGACAACCCAGAGUUACUCCCUAUGAAAAGAGAGAUGGGUAAGCUAGUCAUGACUGACGGGUUACUACAUCGGGUGAGCACAUGCCACACAGGGAAAAAGACACAGCAGCUAGUGCUACCUGCCAAGUUCAAAGCAGUAGUACUCAAAACCAUGCACGAUGACCUUGGUCAUUUAGGAGUGGACAGAGUCACUGACAUGAUCAGGAGCCGAUUCUUCUGGCCAAAGAUGUCAGUCGAUGUAGAGCAAUAUGUGAAAAACUGCGGAGAGUGUGUGCUCAGGAAGACUCCAUGUCAAAGAGCUGCACCGUUACAUCAGAUAGUGAGCUCUGGACCUAUGGACCUCGUCUGUAUUGACUUCCUGUCUAUGGAACCUGACUCAAGAGGAGUGAGUAAUGUGCUUGUCAUAACUGACCAUUUUACGAGAUACGCCCAAGCUUUCCCCACUCUCAAUCAAAAAGCUCUCACAGUGGCAAAAGUCUUAGUGGAAAAGUACUUUGUACAUUAUGGCUUGCCAUCUCGUAUUCACUCUGAUCAAGGCAGAGACUUUGAGUCUCGACUCAUUAAAGAGUUGUUAAAGAUACUGGGCAUACAGAAGUCAAGGACCACCCCUUACCACCCCCAGGGUGAUCCCCAACCUGAACGCUUCAACAGAACUCUGUUAUCCAUGUUGGCCACACUCAACCAAGAAAAGAAGCGGCAAUGGAGUCAGCAUGUAGUGCACCUGGUGCAUGCAUACAAUAGCACCAAGUGUGACGCCACGGGAUACUCCCCGUAUAUGCUGAUGUUCGGCCGAGAGGCUCGACUCCCGCUGGAUGUAUGCUUUGGGACAUGCCCAGAUGGCAAAGUUGACCAACCACAUUCUGCAUAUGUUGCCAAACUGAAAGAGGAUUUGCAGACAGCCUAUAACCUGGCCACAGAGGUCUCUAACAAGAGACACCAGCAAAAUAAAAAGGCAUACGACAAGAGACUUAGGUUCCACAAACUAGAACCUGGCGACAGAGUAUUGCUGAAAAACCUUGGCUUGAAGGGAAAACACAAACUGGAAAAUCGCUGGUACAAUGUCCCUUAUGUUGUAGUGGAUAAGUUGCCAAACUUGCCUGUUUACAGAGUAAAGCCACUAAACGUCAAAGGGAAGGUCAAAACACUGCACAGAGAUAAUCUCCUUCCCAUAGGAGAUCGAGUGAGGAUACCAGUGCAGGAGGAAAUGGAGAAUGUUCCACAGAGACCUGUGACUCGAAGUCGUGUCCCCAACCGACACAAAAGAAACUCCACAGAUCACACUGUACAAAGAGAAAGCCAUACCUUGAGUGAUUCUUCUGAUCUGGAGUGUGAAUGGCCGACCAAACCCUAUAGGGAGUUAAUGGGAAAUCUCUUGCGAAGGAGAGAAAGACAUAGUGCUGAAGGAUCAGAGCAGUUGGAAGUCCUCAGUCCUUCAGAAGAGAGUCACUCAGAGAGAGACCACUCUCCUGUAGAGCAUGUUCCAGAUGUCCCUCAAGCAACCGACUCUGAGUCAGGACCACUCUCCAGUGAAGAUGAGCAACUACCCUCGAGCUGUUCUAAUGUACAUGUGACACCAAAGCCAACUAAACCAGCUACUCAACUGGUGAAGUUAGCCUGCGGUGUGCUGGACCUGUUCAAGGUGAUCUGCGCAACCCGCUGGUAUCGCACAGGGGACGAGGAGUACGCCAUUACGGCAGUCAAGAUUCAAACCAGAGGCUUCAGCCAGGAGAGAAUGAAGAAGACUCAAGACUCUGACAGAAAUGCUCCUGUUUCUGAGGACGUUUUACUAGACAAUGUGAGGCGGGAUCCUGCUGCAUGCAGUGCUUCCAAUGAGGACACCACUGCUGCUGCUGCUACUGAUAGAGAAGAGAAAACAAACCUAUUAAGCGACAGCAAAGAAGAUUCAAGUGAGACAAAAUCCACAGAAAGUGACAGAGAAAAAUGA